AUGCCCGUUGUAUAUCGCCGUUGGAGGGCGGUGUCCUCGCGUCAUAUAAAGCAAGUACUCGGGGGGCGCGUGCGCCUUUCUCUCGUGCCGGAAGCGGGCGGGGAAAGCGUUGGAGUUGUCGGCCGCGUGCGGCCUGUCCUGGAAGGCGCAGCUCUCGCUGCAGCCGCGGCCCGGAGGCGAGGAGGACACACCUCGGUCACGGCGAUGCUCCGGGGGCGCCGGCAGGGGGACUGGGAGGGGGAUGGAGGGGAACAGCGGCCGUGGCGAGACCGGGGUGGCUGCGACGACGGGGAGGUGCCGUUCAGCAGCGAGCGGCUCAGGCGAAAGCAGCCGGAGCAGGGGACGGUGAGCAGGAUGGAGGAGGAGGAGGAAGAGCGGCUGGAGGGGGAGCAUUUCCGGAGAAUCAUCAACGCCUUCCGAUACUACGGAACUAAUAUGCAUGAGCAAGUGAACAGAACAGAGAGACAGUUUAGAUCCCUCCCAGCUAACCAACAAAACCUACUUCCUCAAUUUCUUCUUCAUCUGGACAAGAUUCGGAAAUGCAUUGAUCAUAAUCAAGAGAUCCUACAGACCAUUGUGAACGAGUGCAAACAUAUGUUUGAAAAUAAAGAAUAUGGAGAAGAUGAAAAUGGGAAGAUUGUGCCAGCCUCAACGUUUGACAUGGAUAAAUUAAAGUCCACUUUGAAACAGUUUGUAAGAGACUGGAGUGAAACGGGGAAACCUGAGAGAGAUUCCUGCUACCAGCCAAUCAUUAAUGAAAUUGUAAAGAACUUUCCAAAAGAGAGAUGGCAGAAGUGCUCUGUGAAUUGGAUUAAUCAUGUUGUGUUUGAACUGGAUCUCUCCAAAGUUAAUAUCCUGGUACCUGGUGCUGGGCUAGGUAGAUUGGCCUGGGAAAUAGCUAUGCUCGGUUAUGCUUGCCAAGGAAAUGAAUGGAGCCUCUUUAUGCUCUUUUCUUCUAAUUUUGUACUCAACAGAUGCUCUGAAAUUAACUCUCAUAAACUUUAUCCCUGGAUUCAUCAGUUUAGCAAUAACAGGAGAUCUGCUGAUCAGAUACGACCAGUUUAUUUCCCUGAUGUUGAUCCCCACAGUCUUCCUUCUGGUGCAAACUUUUCUAUGACAGCAGGGGAUUUUCAAGAAAUUUACUCAGAGUGCAAUAUGUGGGACUGCAUAGCAACCUGCUUCUUCAUAGAUACAGCGCAUAAUGUCAUUGAUUACAUUGAUACAAUAUGGAAAAUUCUCAAACCAGGAGGAAUAUGGAUAAAUUUAGGUCCUCUCCUUUACCACUUUGAAAACUUGGCAAAUGAACUUUCUAUAGAAUUGAGUUAUGAGGAUAUAAAAAAUGUUAUAUUACAGUAUGGAUUCCAUCUAGAGGUACGGAUAGAUUGUGGAGAAAGAAUCUGUAUUGUCUACAUACACUGUGAAUGAACUAUCCAUGAUGAAAUACUACUAUGAAUGUGUGUUGUUUGUGGUUAGGAAACCAGAGUUGCAGUGUUUCAAAUAGAUUCUUCAGAAAAAAUGCUGGAGAUAAUGCUAAAAUUUACAACACACAAUGGACUAGGUAAUGACUGGAUACAACCUCAAAUCAGUGGUGCCUUGUUUAUUCUUAACAGGAAUUUGAGAGUGUCUAUUUUCUUAAUACCUGUAUUGCUAUCCAGAUAUAUACUGUGCCAUGCAUAUUUGUACUGUACUAGUGAAAAUGGAAGAAAAUGUACACAUACACAGCCCUCAUUCAUCAGAAUGCAUACAAACAUCCCAUUUUCACAAGUAUAAAACUCCUGUUUUAAUGUCUGCCAUGAGGUUGUCCUGAUAAGACUGGUUUAAUAAUUAUUCAAUAGUACUGAAAUCCAAAAUAAUUUCCCUUUUAUCUGCAGCUGUCUGUAACAUGCACAAGCUACAGCUCUCAGGAUCUGUUGGAAAGGAUGUACAAUUCUAUGUUUGAUAUCAGAACUGGGAAUGUUAUUUCCACUUUUGAUCUGAGGCUUAAAACAAAAAAUGUUUGUGUAUUCUCCCUCAGUUUUUAAACAAAAUUCUAAUUGUUUUCAUUUUUCCUUGUGACCUUAUGAAUGUUUAGAGGUAUAAUACAAGCUCAGCCACGGUUUAGAGAAGGAUUUCUUAACAUCAAUUUAAAAAUAGAAUAUUUACAAAAUCUGAAAUUAUUGAACAGUGCUAAGAAGUUUCUUGAAAGCUGCAUUUAUUGUGACUUAACGCUCCCAGGACCAUUUUCUAUAGGACUGAAAAUAGAAACAAAAGAUAAAAUAUUUUAGAAACUAUAAAUUAUAAUUUUCUGGCCAUGCUAAGCUUAGCAAUCUAUUCUAAUAGUUUGUUGGCUUUGGUAAUUUGAAUAUUGAUAUAUGAAAUCAUAGUACGGAGUGAAGCAAAGCAUCAUGUCACAAAGGAAUGGGAGUAAAUUAACCUUGAAACAGAAAUAAGACUUAGUCUGCUAAUGCAGGAAUUGCACUCUCACUUUGCCCAUUUGAAGUUUAUCAGUGUAACUUAUCUGUUGCUUAAAUAAAGUGUUUGAAGCAUUUA